GUUUCUUUUCUAUACGAUACUUUGCGAUAGAUAAUAAAAUAAAGCAAAGAAUCGAAGUACAAAUCUUGGAUUGCAAUCAGUGGCAGUCGACGAAGCACGCAAGAUGACUGCAACGGCGGCAGUAAGCAACGAGAUCUCGGAGCGGUUGAUCGGCGCCCGCAACGAGCGGGGAAUUCCGUCGGCGAUCUUUGUGGAUGAUGUCGUGACAUUUGUGGGCGCGGACCCUGUGGAAGGGAUCAUUGGGGCGCUGCAGCAGUUGUUUAGCAAGUACAAAUUCAUGGAAACCAACUUGACCAAGACCAAGCAGUCGCUCAAGGUCAAGGUCCCCGACACAAAGAAAGAUCUGGCCAUGCUGGAGCAUUUGAUUUCCCAGCGCGGCAAGGACGCGGACAUCGAAACACACUUCAGCUUGGCCGACAACGUGUUUGCCAAGGCUACGAUCGACGCGGAAGUGCAGACCGUAUGCAUAUGGUUGGGGGCGAACGUGAUGGUCGAGUACUCGUUCGACGAAGCGCUGGCGCUGCUGAAGAACAACCUCCACACUGCCGAGCAACGUCUGGAGCAAAUCGAGUCCGACUUGGGGUUCCUCCGCGACCAAAUCAUCACGACCGAAGUCAACAUGGCGCGCAUUUUCAACCACGACGUGCGACGUCGACGACAAGAAAAGCAGCAGCAGCUGCCGCCGCAUGUGAAGGCGUAAGAUGUUCACGAACCGACUAAGAUGACGUUUGGCGUGUUGCUCUUCCUUCCCUUCAGUUUCGGUACAGAUUAUAGACCACGCUAAGUGCAGUGUAUUCAUGUCCCUCGAGGCAAUACAGCCUUUACUUAAUUGGUAGAGUCUACUAAAGCAGCAGCCUCAGUAGGCCAUGCGCUCCCACCGUAGCCGAAAACGAACAUGACUUGUCAUUAUUCAC